AUGUCCAAUGACUUCUGGGCUGGCUACCUCAGCGGAGCCAUUGGCAUUGUAAUCGGAAAUCCCCUAGACCUAUUGAAAACCCGUCUUCAGGCGGGGCAAGCGGCCACCGGAUCAUUGCGAUCUUCCCAGGGGUUCAGGAGUCAUUUUGACACUGUGGGCUCUCUUGUCCGAGGCGCAACAGCACCGAUAGUUGGAUAUGGCGCCCUCAAUGCGAUUCUAUUCGUUGCCUAUAACCGGACCUUGACGGGUAUAGCCUCGCAACCCGUAUCUGACACGACUAACCCUGUAGGCGUCCCGCUAUAUCAGAUAUGGGUUGCGGGUGCUGUUGGUGGGCUUGCCAGCUGGGUCAUAUCAUCGCCAACUGAGUUGGUAAAGUGCCGAGCGCAGCUUGCUACUCACCAAUCAAUAUCCUCAUGGACGGUGACGAAAGAUAUUUGGAAAAGUCGGGGGUUUAGAGGACUAUACUAUGGAGGGGGGGUUACGAGUAUCCGAGAUUCGGUGGGAUAUGGGUUCUAUUUCUGGUCUUACGAAUUAUGCAAGCGUCUCAUGACAACCGCCGACGAAAGCUCUGAACAAGCAGCCGCCAAAAUCCUUAUAUGCGGUGGAAUCGCUGGCAUUAUCACCUGGGUUUCUAUUUUCCCGCUAGACGUUAUCAAGACACGGCUGCAGGUGCAGGGCUCGCCAGGCUCUCUUGCUUCCGGCUCUUUGGUCGAGAGGCAAACGCUUCUUCGACCUUUCGGGAUCGAUGGACGUACACUAGGUACUCUGGCAGUCGCGAAGGAGGCAUAUCGGACCGAGGGUUUCCAGGUAUUCUACCGUGGCUUAGGCGUGUGUAGCUUGAGAGCAUUUAUUGUAAAUGCUGUGCAGUGGGCGAUGUACGAAUGGACGAUGAAAUUCCUCAAGUAA